AUGGACUCGCCUGGAAAGGCGACAGACGCGUCCACGUCGUUUAUCCUAACAUCGGGCACGAGUGGGCGUGUAAAUGCACUUCUGUCGCUGCGGGUGUUGAAGAGCUUGCUGAUGCUGAUUAAUGCGUUUAUUCUGCUCCUGCUGGUGCUUUUUAGGGGACGGAAGCGAAGCAUUUCGCCGGUGGAGAAAUCGUCCAAGGAAGAGAAGCAGAAAAUUAGCAGGAAGGUUCCGGUAGCGAUGGUUCCUUGGAGGAGUACUUUAUCGGUGACAGGGGAACAAGAAGCGGCAGCAAGGAGAGCGCUUGCUGUCAAGAGGGUGAGUCAGGACGAUGAUGGUAAGUCGGCUAGAGAAGUUUUCCUCUUUGUCACCACAAGAGGUGAUACAUUGUUUACGCAGUCGUGGACGCCGGUAUCAACUAAAAUCAAGGGACUUGUGGUUAUUUUACAUGGCCUGAAUGAGCACAGGUAUAGUGAUUUUGCAAAGCAGCUGAAUGCUAGUGGAUAUAAAGUUUAUGGAAUGGAUUGGAUUGGACAUGGUGGAAGUGAUGCUCUGCAUGGAUAUGUUCAUUCACUAGAUGCUGCUGUCAGUGAUGUGAAAGCAUUCAUUGGGAAGGUUUUAGCUGAAAAUCCAGGGCUUCCAUGUUUUUGUUUGGGACACUCAACAGGUGCAGCAAUUGUGCUAAAGGCAGUACUGGACCCAAAAAUUGAAGCACUCAUAGAAGGUGCAGUAUUGAUUUCACCUGCAAUACGAGUUCAGCCAUCCCAUCCAAUUUUGUGUGUUCUUGCUCCAAUUUUUUCCUUUUUGUUACCAAGAUACCAAUUCAGUGCUGCUAACAAGAAGGGAAUGCCGGUUUGCCGUGAUCCAGACGCACUAGUAGCUAAGUAUUCAGAUCCCCUAGUGUUCACUGGGUCCGUUAGGAUUAGGACUGGAGCAGAGAUUCUCCAUAUCUCAUCCUACUUGCAACAGAAUAUGAGUAAACUAAACAUCCCCUUUCUAGUUCUCCACGGCACUGCUGAUACUAUGACUGACCCUGAAGCUUCUCAGAAACUGCAUGAGAAAGCUUCAUCCGCUGAUAAAUCCAUCAAACUGUAUGAAGGAUUCUUACAUGAUCUCCUUUUUGAACCUGAACGAGAGGAUAUUGCGAAGGACAUAAUCGAAUGGUUGAACUCUAGAGUGAAAGCUUAGCUGGUGUAUAGCAGUAAAGUUGAAGAAAGCCUGAAAAGAAAAUGGAAAAAAAUAUUAAACUGUGGCAGGCAUUUUUUAUAAAUUGCCACUGAAGUUCUCUGAGAAUUUACUGGGGAAGUUUUCGGUUGCUAAUUAAAUUUCAGUGAUUAGAUGCAGAGAUAUACAAAUUUUUUUCUCGUAUCACGGGAGGCACCAGACAUUUUACUAGCAUUAAUUGGGGAGUCCAGCACUUUUUGGGUGGCCUUUUCAUUUUUUUCUCCAGGUGAGAGUUGUUUGCUUAUAUUAUCCAUGAAUGGA